AUGACUACUGUUCGUGCAUUUCUUGUCAUUGCAGCCUCUAAAAAUUGGGAACUACAUCAGAUGGAUGUGCACAAUGAUUUUCUGCACGGUGAUCUCGUUGAAGAGCUGUAUAUGAAGCUUCCACCAGGAUAUGGUUUCUUACAAUCUUAUUCUGACUACUCCUUAUUUACCUUCACUCGGGGUGGAGUUCAGAUAAAUGUGCUUAUUUAUGUCGAUGAUCUCAUCAUUUCUAAGAAUGAUUCUGCUGCUCUAAAGACGUUUAAAACUUAUCUCAAUGAUUGUUUUCAUAUGAAAGAUCUCAGCUCUCUAAUAUACUUUCUUGGUAUUGAGGUUGCUCAUAGCGCUUCUGGAUUAUUUUUGUGUCAAAGAAAAUAUACUCUUGAUAUUACUUCUGAAGCAGGAUUGUUGGGGGCCAAGCCGGUUAGUGCUCCUAUUGAGGAAAACCACAAACUCGGCCUUGCUAGUGGCCCAAUUUUCUCUAAUCCUACAGCAUAUCGGCGUCUUGUCUGA